GAGGCGGCAUUUGAGCUUCUGCACACUUAACAGAGCUUCAGAAACCCGUCUUGUGGUGAAGGAGACACCAGUCACCAGGAUCAAAAUGGCUUUCAGUGGAACGUGGCAGGUUUAUGCUCAGGAAAACUACGAGGAGUUCCUCAGGGCCAUAUCACUACCUGAAGAUGUCAUCAAGAUGGCCAAAGAUAUUAAACCUGUCACGGAGAUCCAACAGACAGGCAAUGACUUUGUCAUCACUGCAAAGACCCCUGGGAAAACAGUUACUAACUCCUUCACUAUCGGCAAGGAAGCCGAUAUCACCACCAUGGGCGGAAAUAAGCUCAAGUGUGUUGUGAAGAUGGAGGGAGGAAAGCUCAUCUGUGAGUCUGAGAAGUUCUCACACAGGCAGGAGAUCAAGGGUGGAGAGAUGAUCGAGACUUUGACUGUAGGAGGAACCACCAUGGUCAGGAAAAGUAAAAAGAUGUGACUUGGCCUGCUGAAAAUGUCUCCAGUUCAAAAUAUGCCAUCUAUUUAAAUAAAAAUGUCAUUUGUCAAAAUGUCGACUAUAUUAGUAUCUAAUUAAAUAUUACAUACUUUUGUUCCUUUC